AUGCGUGUGGAUUUGGAUAGCUACUUUGCAUCUUCGGCUGAGUAUUCUACGGAAUAUCCUGAAGCCUUUGAGCUCGAAAUGAAGCCGUACACUCCAAUUUCUUUUAAGAAAUGCUGUGAGAAGAUCAAGAUGCGUGUGGAUUGGGACAGCUACUUUGCACCUUGGGCUGAGUAUUCUACGGAAUAUCCUGAAGCCUUUGAGCGUGAAGAGGAGCAGCGAGAGCUAUUUAAGCCGCUCACUCCAGAUUACUGUUUGACACAAACCGAAGAUGAUGAACGGGAGCCACUGGGCUGUAGCAGCGACAUCCCACCUAUUGGCUCCCAGGACAGCGAUGAAGUCGGACCCUAUGACAGUCUGAUUAAGUGGUUUAAAAUAGAGGUGGAGGAUGCGCUAAAUAGAAUAUUUGAUGCAGAUCCUCCUACGAUGCAAAUGGAAAUUGAAGAUAUUGAAUUGGAGCCACUGAGCUGUAGCAGCGACAUCCCACCUAUUGGCUCCCAGGACAGCGAUGAAGUUGGACCCUAUGACAGUCUGAUAAAGUGGUUUAAAAUAGAGGUGGAGGAUGCUCUAAAUAGAAUAUUUGCUCCAGCUGUCAGAACACAUUGCUGGAUGGAAGAUGAAGAUUCUACCUCACAGGAUUCUGGUAGCAGCUUUGCUUCUACCGCUGAUAGUUCCUUGGUACAGGAGGUACCUGUACCCUUUAUAUUGGAUGACAGUGAUAGAGAAUCGAUCGACCAAGAGGAGGUACCUGUACCCUUUAUAUUGGAUGACAGUGAUAGAGAAUCGAUCGACCAAGAGGAGGUACCUGUACCCUUUAUAUUGGAUGACAGUGACAGAGAAUCGAUCGACCAAGAGGAGGUACCUGUACCCUUUAUAUUGGAUGACAGUGAUAAAGAAUCGAUCGACCAAGAGGAGGUACUUAGGCCGAUCCCUCCAGAUCCUUCUACGAUGCAACUGGAAAUUGAAGAUCUUGAUCUGGAGAACCAAUAUUAGACUGGGAGGCAUUCGAGAAGAAACCCGAGCUCUGGA